AUGGUAAAACAGACGAUUCAGAUAUACGCUCGUGUAAAACCGAACAAGAAAAAUACCGCGGUGUACUCUGUCAACAACGAGGAUCCAGCAAGUUCUUCCCUGGAAUUUGUAGUGCCCAAGGAAGUAGCUGAUGGUUUUGUUAACAACAAGAGGGAGUGCUUCAACUUUAGGUUUCAAAAAGUGUUUGAUCAAGCAACGAAACAAGAUGAGAUCUUUGAACACAUUGCAAAACCAGUUGCAGAGAGUGUAUUGGCUGGUUACAAUGGCACCAUCUUUGCCUAUGGUCAAACAGGCAGUGGGAAGACAUUCACAAUCACAGGAGGGGCAGAGCGCUACAAUGAUCGAGGCAUUAUUCCCCGCACACUUUCAUACCUCUAUGAGCGCUUUGGUCAGGACAGCAGUACAGUGUAUAGUACCCACAUUUCAUACCUGGAGAUUUACAACGAAAUGGGUUAUGACCUCUUGGAAUCCAGAAAUGAAGCAUCUCAAUUGGAGGACCUACCCAAAGUAAUUAUCAUGGAAGAUUCUGACCAGAAUAUCCAUCUCAGGAAUCUUUCAUUGCAACAAUCUGCAAAUGAAGAGGAAGCUCUCAAUCUGUUAUUCUUGGGCGACACCAAUCGAAUGAUUGCAGAAACCCCCAUGAAUCAGGCUUCAACACGGUCCCACUGUAUUUUCACGGUGCACUUGUGUAGGCGCGAACCAGGCUCUGCUACCGUGGUACGAUCCAAACUCCACCUAGUGGACCUGGCCGGGUCGGAUCGGGUCAGCAAGACAGGCCUCAAUGGGCACUUGCUCACUGAGGCCAAAUACAUCAACCUUUCCCUUCAUUACUUAGAACAGGUGAUAAUUGCUCUGUCAGAGAGAAAUCGCUGCCAUAUUCCAUACAGGAACUCAGUGCUGACAUCUGUGCUGAGGGAUAGCCUUGGUGGCAACUGCAAGACCACUAUGAUUGCUACUUUGGCAGUUGAUAAACGGAACCUAGAUGAGUCCAUCUCUACAUGUCGCUUUGCACAGCGGGUGGCUAUAAUCAAGAAUGAAGCAAUAUUGAAUGAAGAACUUGAUCCUACAUUGUUGAUUACUCGCCUGAGGCAGGAGGUUCAGUCUCUGAAGGAGGAGCUGACCAUGCUGACAGGAGAGCAGCGAGAUGACCAGCUAACUGUGGAAGAGAAGCAGAUGUUGGGAGAGUCAGUGAAGACCUUUCUAGAUGACCCUGAUCCAGAUGUGACACUGACUUUGGGACCAGACAUGAGAAAAAUCCAGCACUGUUUUUACCUUCUGAAGAUGAUGAUUCUGGGCAAUAGAAGUGGAAACUGCAGUAAUCGUGAUAUACAGGAGUCACCAACAGCCUUACUGGAGGAGAAAGACAUUCAAGAGCCCCACUGUGCAGAGGAAGUGAACAAACUUAAAGAGUUGCUGGUUCAGCGUGAUAAUGAAAUCCGUAUCCUGGUUAAGAUUUUGAAAAGGGAGGGGAAAAUAGCCAAUGAGAGCUCAAUACAGCUUGCAAGUAUUUCCAAUGGACAUAGGCAUACCAGCAAGAGUGAUGCAAGUUUGGCAGCAAUGCUACUCCAAACGGCGGGAAACAAUAAACCCAAUUCAACUGGUACGAUAGGACAAGCUGUACAGUGCAUGCAAAGAGGACCUCAAUUCUCAAUGGGAAAGCAAGAGGCCUUUGAGACCUUUCUCGCAGAACAUGAUGACCAUCAUAUCAUUGAAGACAACAAAAGUCUGCUCAAACAGAGGUCUGCAGAAGCUAGAAAACUUGGAGAGCAACUUCAUGACGUCAGAGAAAAAAUCAAUGAAUAUAAGAAGCAGUUGGAACUUCGCCGAAGACAGCAGGCCGCUUAUGGUGUGACUGAAAAUCACAAAGAUGUUGGAGAGGAAGUGGAUCCAGUGGAGGAAAACCUGCGCGUACACAUCGAGCAAGAGAAAAAGAUUUAUAAGAGCACUGCUGGCCGGUUGAAAGCAUUGAGAACAGAGAUUGAACACCUGCAACUUCUGUUGGAGAGGGCCAAGGUCAAACUCCAAAGGGACUUCCAAAAGUGGUGGAACGAAGAAGCUUCCAUUGUGCAGGAGUCAAAAGAGAAAGCCAGCCAUUGGACUAAAUCCCUGUGUGGAACCUUGCCGCCAUCUUCACAUUGCACUCCAGGUUUUGAAACCCUCAUCCCCAAGACAGCAAGGUCCAAUACAGUGCGAGAGGAACAAGAGGCAGGGUUCACUUCAUCAGAGUGGAGAGUACUAUCCAAGUCCUCCCUCCCGCCUUCUUCAAUCCCCCUGACUGGUGAUCAGCAGGCUGAUGCAGACAUCCUGGCCUUCAUCAGAGCUCGCCAAAACCUCCUCAACAGGGCAGAUUGCAAAGACUCAGAUUCAGACUGUGAGCAUGGAUGCGUGGACGAGGUGAACCCAAAUGCAGGUAAACGGGGAGGCGAGGCAGGAUGGUGA